AUGGCGGUCUGCGCGGCCUUGCUGUGGACCGCCUCUGCGCAGCGCGAGGGCUUCCACGGACACGCUCACGAGGACGUUCACCACGGGCACGGGCACACGCACGAGCACAUUUGGCACGGGCCUGGCCUCGGAGAGCCUGCCCAUGGCCACAGCCACGCCCACGGGGGCCACGGGCACACGCACGAGCACCUUUGGCGCGGGCCUGAGGACCACGGACACAGCGGACACAGCCAUGCCCACUUCCACGAGGACCACCACGACCACUUGCACAGCCACGAAGAUCCCGCCGGUGGCGCCAGGCGGGCGAAACCCUCCCCUGGGCACAAGGAGGCACCACCCCGGAGGGAGAAGCUGGCGCCCCUGUGGCUGUGGAGCUACGCUCUCGGGGCCACCCUCCUCAUCAGCGCUGCUCCCUACUUCAUCCUAUUCCUGAUCCCUGUGGAGUCCAACAGCCCCCAGCACCAGGCCUUGCUCAAGCUGCUGCUUAGCUUUGCCUCGGGGGGCCUUCUGGGGGACGCCUUCCUGCACCUCAUCCCUCACGCCCUGGAGCCGCAUGCUCAUCACGGAGAAGCCGCCGGACAUGGCCAUUCCCACACCAAGCCCUCUGGCCACGGGCAUUCCCACCAAGGGCCUGCACAUCAACACAUGAUGGCCGUUGGCCUCUGGGUCCUCAGCGGCAUCGUGGCCUUCCUGGUUGUCGAGAAGUUUGUCAGGCACGUCAAAGGGGGACACGGACACGCUCACGCGCCCAAACCCAAGGGCAGCGACGAUGAAGGGGAGAAGGAGGCGGUCCGAGGGCCAGCGGGGAAAGCAGCCCCCACCGGGAAGAGAGGGGCAUGCCCAGAGUCUGCCAUGCGCGUGGCAGGGUACCUCAACCUGGCCGCUGACUUUGCCCACAACUUCACAGAUGGGCUGGCCCUGGGGGCCUCUUUUGUGGCAGGCAGCACCAUUGGCGCUGUCACCACCCUCACUGUGCUGCUCCACGAGGUCCCCCAUGAAGUGGGCGACUUCGCCAUCCUGGUCCAGUCCGGCUGCACGAAGCGCAAGGCGAUGAAGCUGCAGCUGCUGACAGCCCUGGGGGCGCUGGCGGGCACAGUGUGCUCCCUCCUGGCUGAGGGCGUGGGCGAGGCAGCCACCGCCUGGAUCCUGCCCUUCACAGCUGGGGGCUUCAUAUACGUGGCCACGGUCUCAGUGAUCCCGGAGCUCCUGCAGGAGUCGGGGCCAGUCCAGUCCCUGCUAGAGGUGCUGAGUCUGCUGGGUGGCGUGGUCAUGAUGGUCUUCAUCGCGCAGUACGAGUAGAGAGGAGGCGGCGCUGCUGCUGGCAUCAGGGAGCAAGGGCAUCUGGACCAUUCCUUCCUGCGAGAGCGUGGGCACUCUCAGCAGUUUGCGCGGACCACCUUGCUCUGCUUUCUUGACGGAGGAGACCGGCCAUUCCUCAAGCUGCCCCUGCCCACGUGGCCACCCCUGCUCCAGAGGAUUCCAAGGGAGGCCCGGCUGUGCUCUGCUUCUGGCCUCCAGGGUGCUGUGGGCAGCAAGGGGAGCAGGAAAUGGGUCUGGCCAUCCGGAGGACCAACUUGUCUGUCUUGAACUUCUCUGGGUGUCCCACCAGGUACCCUGGGAACCAGGGUCCCUGUGUGUGUGUGUGGAGGGGGAGGGGGAGCCAGCCAGUUGGGCACUACCUUGGAAUUCUGUGGGGAGGGCCAGGCAGAGAAUUUGUGCAGGCCGCCCAUCUUUCCGCCAGUUGGUGCGGGCACAGAUUGAAUUUCCUCCCCUCUGUCUCUCUGUCUCUGCGCCUGGCAUGCUGUGGUAGAGGGCCCGAGGAAAGAGAGGAGAGCAGACCCAUCUUGGGCACAGAGGCGGGGGGGGGGG